AUGACUCCCAGACUCCAUGUUGUGCAGCAACCUCGCCGUGCGAGGAUGUGCGGUUUUGGAGAUAAGGAUCGCCGUCCCAUAACUCCCCCGCCUUGUGUUCGCCUCAUUAUUACAGAUGUCUCCACAGGAAAGGAAGUGGAUUGCAAUGACGUCGACCACGGCAUGUUCGUCCUCAACGUCGACCUCUGGUCCUCCGACGGCCAAAGGGAAGUCAACCUCGUCCGCCACUCCGCAACCUCCCCCUCCAUCUCCUGCACGACUCCCGUCUCCUACGCACAAAUAGAUCCCACCACCAGCAUGGCCUACUCCUCUAUAUUACCCACCUCAAACCCCAUCAAGUUCGAAGGCGGCCACCAGCAAGCACCAUACAACCCCUACCCAGGCCAACCCUCCGUAACGCCCUACGCAGGAAACCAACCGCAACAAUACGGAGGCCAACCCCAAUACCAAGGCUACGCACCGCCAACGAACGGCGCCCAACAAUACCCGCCUCAAAACGGCUACUCUCAAACCCAACCACAACCAGCAUACUACACCACGGGCUCUGGAAUCCACGCCAUCGGCCAACAAGGCAUCGACUUCCCGCCUCCUCAACAGCAACUGCCAUCUCAUAGUCAGUAUGGAGCCCGCCAAUUCCCUGGCUCUGAGAUUCCGAUUCAUAGAGUACCUGUUAGCAGCACGGCGCCCCAAGGAAUGUUCACCCGGAAUCUGAUUGGUAGUCUUGCGGCCAGCGCGUUUAGACUUACGGAUCCGGAUGAUAGGAUCGGUAUCUGGUUUGUGCUACAGGAUUUGUCUGUUCGCACUGAGGGAAACUUCCGACUCCGCUUCUCGUUCGUCAACGUCGGCGUGUCCGCCUCGCCAACAACCUCCAACGGGACAUCAGGAGCGAUGACGGCCGUCAACACGGGCAAAGCCCCCGUCCUCGCAGCCUGCUUUUCCGAAGUGUUCACCGUCUACUCCGCGAAACGCUUCCCAGGUGUGGUCGAGAGUACACCUCUGAGCAAGUGUUUCGCGACGCAGGGCAUCAAGAUCCCGAUCCGGAAGGAUGGACCCGGAAAGGGGGAUAAGGAGAAGGACGACGACGAUUUCUAA